CUAACAGUCACCAGCGCUCUCUCGGUCACUCUAUCACCGCAGCGCUUAAGAGGAACCGUCACGGAUUUGUACUAAAUAUCUCAAGGGAAUGUAGGCCUAUAUUUUUCCAUCACGUAAAUUGUUACUUGACAGAAUAAUUUAGAAGCAAUGGAGAGCUGAAGAAAAGAAGUCAUAACAACUUUUUUUGAAAAGCUACAUUUCUUGUUGUAGGCUAAAUAGACAGUCUUCUCUUCCAGGACUGUUAACUUUUUAAUUCUUCAUUUGCGUGAAAACUGGAAUCUCAUAAAAUACUGGAUUCUCGUUCAGACUGUUCAUUGGAAGUAAAAAGCCUCGAGACUUUGAUUCCUGAACCGAAAUAUAUAUAUUUUUUUUUUCCUUGGAAGAAUUUUACUGUAUAGUAAUUUCACCUAUUUAAGGUUUUAUUGGGGAUGUUGAGCUCGGUGAAGAUGGAAUCUCACGAAAUACCAGACUGGAAUGCGUUCUACAGUGAACCGAGUGAGAUGUACUCUUCUCCUAGUGCCAUGAAUUCCAGUCUGGGCGCCAUGGGAACCAUCAACAGCUACAUCAACCUGAACUCAGCCGGCUCGGCAGCCGCUUCCAUGAACAUGGGCUACCCCAGCCCAGGCCUGAGCAGCAGCCCGCUGACCUCCAUGGGCGGCGGGGCCAACCACAUGAGUCUGUCCCCCGUGCCCACCUCCCUCAACCCCAGCUCCCUCACCCAGCUGGGCUCACCAGCCUCCUCUCUGGGCCCGCUCUCCCACUACCCCAACAUGGGCCAGCCGGUCGGCCAGCUCAGCUACGCCUCUCCCAACUCACUGAGCCGCCCCAAGGAUGUGCCCAAACCCUACCGGCGCUCACUCACACAUGCCAAGCCGCCAUACUCGUACAUCUCCCUCAUCACCAUGGCCAUCCAGCAGUCCGGCAACAAGAUGCUGACCCUCAACGAGAUCUACCAGUGGAUCAUGGACCUGUUCCCGUACUACCGCGAAAACCAGCAGCGCUGGCAGAACUCUAUCCGCCACUCGCUCUCAUUCAACGACUGCUUCGUCAAGGUGGCCCGCUCACCCGACAAGCCCGGCAAGGGCUCCUACUGGACCCUGCACCCCAACUCGGGCAACAUGUUUGAGAACGGCUGCUACCUGCGCCGCCAGAAGCGCUUCAAGAUCGAGGACAAGAGCGGCAAGAAGGUCUCCGGGAAGUCUCAGGAAGGCGGCAGUGGCGGCGCCAAGGGGGGUCACGGGGACAGCCUCCAGGAGGACCACAGCCCCGCCACGGGCUCCGAGGGCGCCGACUCGGCCCACUCGGACAGCUCCCACCCGGGCUCGUCAUCCGAGGACCACCACCACCAGCAGCAGCAGCAGAGGAGCCUGGUCCAGCUGGAGUGUCCUCCGGCCUCGGUGGUGCAGGGCUCCCCAGUGGCCAUCCCGUCCUCGGUGUCGUCCUCCAUCGUGGCCGGCGGAGGCGCCCACCUGCACUCCCAGUCUGUAGGGGGCAGCGGCGCGCACCUCCUGCAGGGAGGCAUGCAGCACCUGGACCUCCACAACGACCCACUCAAGUCCAUGGACCCGCACUACAACUUCAACCACCCGUUCUCUAUCACCAAUCUCAUGUCCAACGAGCAGAAGAUGGACCUCAAGUCCUACCAGGACCAGGUGAUGGCCUACAACGGUUACGCCGCCUCGUCGCCUGUGGCAACCAAACAGAUCUACGACCCUGCGGGGCCCGCUGGUCUAGAUUCUGGUGCAUACUACCAGACCCUGUAUAGCAGGUCCGUGCUCAAUGCCUCCUAACCCCCCAAAGGCUCUCACAGGCUCUCGAAUCAAGAACUUAGUGACCUUUUUAAUAGAAAAAAAGGGGAAAAGAACUGUCCUACGGACCUCACAGGGGCCAAACAAAAUGGCGGCCGCCACUCUUGUCUGUCCUGUUCACGCCGAGCACGAGAGAGACGGGUUCACAAGUUAUCAGCUGAUAACGCACGGCAGUGUCGCCUGUAAAUUCACAGGAAGAAAAGAAAAAAAAGACUCCCAUGCUGUGACACGUACAGACAGGCACAGCCCAGCAUUCCCCUUUCAGCCCUUCCUCAUCGCCAGCGUCAUACUGGAGUGAUUCUGUUUUUACGCAAGGAACCUCUGGACCCCGUCUCAAAGGAUAGUCAUUCCACACCGUGUUAGUGCAUUUAUAAAAGGACUCAUUCUUGUCCAAGAACCCUAAUAUCAGGGCCAGGGCUUUUUUUUUUAAUGGAGGGCAUAAGGAAAUGGUCUGUUCGGCAUGUGCAUAGUCUGUAUAUAUGUAGAAAUGAGACGGUAGAUCUGCGUUUAUUUAUGAAGGGAAAAAUUAAUAUAUCUUGUACAGUGCUGUGAUGUAAAGUUACAAAAAUGUGAUAAUGGGAUUUGUCUUUUUUGGAUUGUUUGGAAGGGAAAAAAACAUAGUUCAGGUUACUGCUUACUGCAGUUGUUACUGCAUUACAGGGAAAUAUUUCUUGUGUUACAACCUAGUCAUCUCUCUGUUUGUAAACUACAUUUAAUUUCUCUCUCUCUCUCUACCCCUAGAAAAAGAAAUACAACUGUAAAAAGGAUAUGUUGUGUACUUGGUUUAUUUGUGGAGAAACGGAAGGAAAAGUAAACUUCUUACCCUAAUCAGAGUAGUUUAUUUUGCCUGUGUCCCUAAAAGAUCACAUUUUCAAGUCAGUCUGAAGUAACUGUGGUAAAUGUUUUAAUUUUUGCUUUUUUUUGUUUUUUGUUUUUUUUUAAUCUUCGAAAACA